UAAGGAGAGUGUGGGACUCCCUGCAAGUCACGACUGUGCAAAGGAGAGGAUUCGGGGGCUGCCAUGCCCCUGGGAGGCAUAGGAUGAGGGGGAGAUGUCACUGUGACAUUUAGGGCCUGCUAGAGAGCCAGUAACUUGAACUGGAGGUGCUGGUGGGCUGUGGUUCCCAGGGAAAGGCACAGCUCUUCUCCAGCCCCUGAUGCUUCCCAGGUUGGGGUCAUGAGUGGCGUGGGAAUGUGCCCUGCCUUGACACCCUGCAACAGAGGUGCCACAGGGCUGCAUGGAGGUGAUGGGGAGAGCUGGCAGGAGAGAGCUGCUCCUGACAAUGCCCAAGGUGAUCAAACAGUCAGAGCAAGCUGAGGACGCAUUCCAGCUCCCAUCGUGCCAGCCCUUCAUGGGAAGAAACUGGGAUUAGGGGUGAUGGCAAUGUGUUCUUGAUGUACUACACAACUGUCGGACCUUGCCAUGAGAAACUGAUGCAGGGAGUGGUUCUCACAGACCCAAAGCUCAAAUUUUCCAGUGCCCAGCAGGUAAAGCCUCAGUGUGUGAAUCUGGGGCAAACCAAAUCCAAAACAAGCAGCCAGGCACAUACGGGAGAUUUGUGGAGAUCUCCCACCCCAGCUGGCACCUGCAGCACCGGAGGUGGGUGAGACCGAGGCUGGCCAGGGCUGGGACUGGGGUCACAAAAUCCAGUUCCAGUCCAGGACAGAGAGACGAUGCAUCUCUUGAUAGAGGGACUUCUACCUCUGAAUGCCAGGACUGGAGAAGAAAAUGCCUUAAAUUUGGGAUAAUGCGGCCUCCCAAGUGGCAGGGAGCUCAGUGAGCCUGCUGGGAGGAGGGAAGCUGCGCUACGGCCAUACCUCUCCUUGGGUACCACUGCCCAGAGCUGGGGACCCCAUCCCUGGACAGAUAUCAUCUGUGGUGGAUGGUCAGCCAGAGCAGCAGGUACUUCGCUCUGCUGGGGCUGCUGUCAUGCAGUUUCCCAGGCUGCCUGACUUUACCUGACUGCGCAUCUGGUUAAGAUGAGCAGCUGAGACCCAGCUCCCUGAGCAGCCCUUGCAGGCAGGCAGACACCAGCUGGGCUGCGAGCAGCAAGGGGUGGAUGAGUUGUCACCCUCCUCUGCCUCCCCGGCCUCCAAAGGGUUAAGUGCCAGUUUCCGAGUGUCUCUAAGGUGACACCAGGCUGCCUCGCUCAGUGCAGCUCCCCGCAGCCCCCCUCCCCACGCACACACUCACGCUCACUUUCUGCUUUGUCUUUUGAGGGCUGCUGCAGGAUCGGUGCACAGGCACCUUCCUCACUGUCUACCUCUGCCUGCCUCUCCUGCUCGGCUGCUGCUGCUGGGGACGCCGAGGGACAUGCCUGGCCCUGGGGGGACCUCGCAGAAGGCACCCUGAGAGCUCUCCUUCGCUUGCUGGGAGCAUCACCAUCCCUGGAUGUGCUUUCUCCUAAGACCUUCUCUCUGGUGAGCGCCGUGUUUCCCGCUCCCUCCCUGAUGCCCUUGCAGUGCCGGCACCUCUGAGAAGCAGCACCAACAAUCUCCGGUUUUCUGUUGGCUUUUCCUCCACUUCGCAGUGGCAAGGCAGCAGAGACAGAGAGAGGCUGAGCUGCGGUGCCUGAGCUCCCCAAACCACUAUCAAGAGGCCAAUAAAUAUCACUGCAAAAAGUUGGACGCUGCUUUUUCUCUCUGUGCUUGUGCCACCCCAGGGAGAUAAGCCUCGCUGGGAUUGUCCCACGGCCCUGGGGAGACGAAGCAGAACAGCACCGUGGGACCCUGCAGGGCCGGCCAGAGCUGCCCUGAGAGCUUGUGGGGGCAGAGCAGGACUCCCCGCCUUGGAGAGUCACCUCACUCCAGCAUGGCUGAAGGUCCUGGGAGCUGGAGAGGCUUCACCCCAGCCAGGGGCGAUGGCGAGGUGGCCAGCGGGGCUGCAGCAAGCCUCUGGGGAGCAGCAGAUGCAGAGAACAGUGGGCAAGCACAAGGCACAGGCCUCCGCAGCAUGGAUCCAGCUUGGGAGAUGAGAGGGGCGGUGGCGGUGGCAGAGGUGGAGGAGCAGUUCCUGCACUUGGCCAUCAGAAAGCAGGUCUCCUACAGGAAAGCUAUUGCCAAGUCCAGCCUCCAGCACAUGGUAGCCCAGCCAAACCCUGCGCUAGCUGUGAGGAAUGACUCGGAGAGGCAGAUACGCAGCACUGUGGACUGGACCGAGACUGCAGUCUAUGGGGAGCAUAUCUGGUUCGAGACCAAUGUCUCUGGGGACUUCUGCUAUGUUGGAGAGCAGAACUGUAUGGCAAAGCUGCUGCAAAAACCCCUCUCCAGGCGUAAGUGUGCAGCCUGCAAGAUUGUAGUGCAUACACCCUGCAUUGAACAGCUGGAGAAAAUAAACUUCCGCUGCAAACCUUCCUUCAGGGAGUCAGGAUCCCGGAACGUACGGGAGCCCAUUGUUGUCCGACAUCACUGGGUACACCGGAGGCGGCAGGAAGGGAAAUGCCGGCAGUGUGGCAAGGGUUUCCAGCAGAAGUUUGCCUUCCACAGUAAAGAGAUUGUAGCCAUCAGCUGUUCCUGGUGCAAGCAAGCGUAUCACAGCAAAGUGUCAUGUUUUAUGCUGCAACACAUCGAAGAGCCCUGCUCUCUGGGGGCUCAUGCUGCUGUCGUUGUUCCCCCCACCUGGAUUCUGCGGGUCCGGCGGCCCCAGAAUCCACUGAAAUCUAGCAAGAAGAAGAAGAGGACAUCGUUCAAGCGGAAAUCCAGCAAAAAGGGGGCCGAGGAAGGGAGGUGGAAACCGUUUGUCAUCAAGCCCAUGCCAGCUCCUCUUAUGAAGCCCUUGCUGGUGUUUGUGAACCCCAAGAGUGGUGGGAAUCAGGGAGCCAAAAUCAUCCAAUCCUUCAUGUGGUAUCUCAACCCACGUCAAGUUUUUGACCUCAGCCAGGGUGGACCCAAGGAGGCGCUGGAGCUGUACCGCAAGGUCCACAACCUCCGGAUCCUGGCGUGCGGGGGAGAUGGCACGGUGGGCUGGAUACUCUCCAUUCUGGAUCAGUUACGCCUCAACCCACCUCCUCCUGUGGCCAUCCUGCCUUUGGGGACAGGGAACGACUUGGCCAGGACACUGAACUGGGGUGGGGGUUACACGGAUGAGCCUCUGUCCAAGAUCCUGUCGCAUGUGGAAGAUGGGGACAUUGUGCAGCUCGAUCGCUGGAACCUUCAUGUGGAGCCAAACCCUGAUGCAAGCCCUGAGGAAAAGGAUGAGGCAGCCAGUGAGAAGCUCCCCUUGGAUGUCUUUAAUAACUACUUCAGCCUCGGCUUUGAUGCGCGGGUGACCUUGGAGUUUCACGAAUCCCGAGAGGCCAACCCAGAGAAGUUCAACAGCCGGUUUCGGAAUAAAAUGUUCUAUGCUGGGACAGCUUUCUCGGACUUCCUCACCGGGAGCUCCAAAGACUUGGCAAAGCAUGUCAAGCUGGUGUGUGAUGGGACAGACCUGACCUCCAAGAUCCAGGACCUGAAGCCCCAGUGCCUGGUCUUCCUGAACAUCCCCAGGUACUGUGCAGGCACCAUGCCCUGGGGCAACCCCGGGGAGCACCACGACUUUGAGCCGCAGCGCCAUGACGAUGGCUGCAUUGAAGUUAUUGGCUUCACCAUGACGUCUCUGGCUGCCUUGCAGGUGGGUGGCCACGGGGAGCGGCUGUGCCAGUGCAGGCAGGUGGUUCUCACCACGUCCAAGGCCAUCCCCAUGCAGGUAGAUGGAGAGCCCUGCAAGCUGGCGGCUUCCUGCAUCCACAUCUCCCUGCGCAACCAAGCCAACAUGGUGCAGAAGACCAAGCGGCGCAACUCCAUGCCUCUGCUCAAUGACCAGCAGCCAGUGCCCGAGCGGCUGCGAAUCCGGGUGAGCCGAAUCAGCAUGCGUGACUAUGAGGCACUGCACUACGACAAGGAAAAGCUCAAGGAAGCCUCUGUGCCACUGGGGAUCAUCGUGGUUCCAGGAGACAGCGACCUGGAGUUGUGCCGGACCCAAAUCGAGAGGCUGCAGGAGGAUUUCCCUCCACAGCCUUCUGCUUUAGAGCACCUGCACUUUCAGGAGGGAGAGGGAGCUAAACCGAAGACACUGUCAUCCCAGAAGCUGUCACCCAAGUGGUGCUUCCUGGACUCAACCACAGCUGAUCGGUUCUACAGAAUAGACCGCGCACAGGAGCACCUCAACUAUGUGACAGAGAUCUCUCAGGAUGAGCUCUAUGUGCUGGACCCAGAGCUGGUGAUCACCCAGACUGUGGGCACCUCUCCUGCCAUGCCUGACCUCGUCGACUCGUCUGCUACACCCACUGGGCACCAUUUUGCAUUCCCCUCCGCUUCCUCCUCUCCACCCUCCUCUCCUGCCCCCAGUGCUGAGCCUGACCGCUGCCUCCCGCACAAAGAUGACCUUCUGAUAGAAGCUGCCAAGAGUGGCAACUUCAGCAAGUUCCAAGAGCUGCACCGGGCUGGAAGAGACUUGAUGGUGCGAGACUCCUCGGGCCAGACCGUCCUCCACCACGCUGUCAAAUCAGGGAGCAAGGACAUCGUCAAAUACAUCAUCGAGAACGCCCCUUCAGAAAUCCUCGAUGCCACAGAGGAGAAGAACGGUGAAACCAGCUUGCACCAGGCUGCAGCCUUACGCCAGCGCACUAUCUGCCACUACAUCGUGGAGGCCGGGGCUUCGCUCAUGAAGACGGACCUGCAGGGAGACACCCCCAAGCACCGGGCUGAGAAAGCCAACGACCCCGACUUAGCUGCCUACCUCGAGAACCGACAGCACUACCAGAUGAUCCAGCGUGAGGACCAGGAGACAGCUGUGUAGUGCUCAGCGUGCCUUAGCCCAAGCCAGCUCGGGCAGGACAAGGAGAGGACAAUGCCAACUGGCAGAGCUGUGAGUCUGGCCCAGCCCUCCCUAGAUGUCAACCUGGUCCCCGGAGGAGAUGGAGACAGCAGAGCUCUGCCCCAGGCUGGGCUGGGACUCUGUUUAUGAGGACAGUGGGUAUUUGGGACUUGAAACCUGGCUCUUUGUGUGUGUCCCCCUUCACAUUCCCUGCCCUGGAUGGGCUCCAUCCCACAGCCCUGUUGGGACAGGCCAGGCUAAAGCCCCCAGUCACCCUUGUGCACUGGAGUGAUGCCAGUGCCCGCUCCGCAGGCUCCUACCUAUGAUCCUUGUGGGAUAUCAUUGCUCGCCCCCUCUCCCUGCCGUCAGUACCCCUUGUUUAGAUGCUUGGCUAGGUUCAUGUCCUGCUCCUCCUUUCCUGUCUGGUACAGCCAUGGGAGGCACAGGCUAUGCGGGCAGACAGUAGAAGCCGUGAGCCUCAGACUUUGCCCCAAGGGAAGCGCUGUGACUUACUGCCCCUGCCUCCUCCCUGCUCCUGUUGGUUUGGGGCUGCCCCAGGUCUCUGUGUGGCCGUACCAGGGUCUUCUGUGGCAGGAGGGAAGUCUCUGGCGCACCCAGCCUUUCCUCAGCUGCCCCAGUCCCAAAUGCUCUGGAAGCAGGGCAGCCACCGCUCUCCUGGUUGUCUUUAGUGCACAAGCUAGUCAGCAGUCUGGCCCAGGGCAGGGAUGACUUGGAGGAAGGCUACUGAGUCCUCCCGCCGUCCUUCCCUCUGCAGGGCUGGCUGGGGCAGCCUGAACACCCCAUGUCUACUGGCAUCUCUCCGUGAGCCUGCUGCAGCACAUGGCCAUGGUGGUGAGCUGUGCUUGGACUGGGCAGAGGCGGUGGUGGAGCCCAUUCUAUUUCCCAAAUGCUGAUUUGGAUCCAGCUGCCCUCCCCACUUCAGCUCCCCCCCUGAUACUAGAGGUUGCACUGGGCUGGAGGGGCAGUGCUGGGGUCAGUGCUGCUCUCAGGGAUUUCCCCCAUGCCCCCCAACCUGUCAACAUGCAUCCUCUGAGUCCAACUCCUGCUAUCCCCCAAAAGAGGCUCAGGGCUUUGCAAGGAAAACUUGGGAGCCCGCCCAGCCCAGACAGAAGCUCCCUGGGCAGGCCACCAGCUCACCCUCUUCAGUUUUGGCAGAAAGAGGGAUUUGGAUGCAUAGGAAGCAUCAGUGCUCCCAGCCCCCAGUCACAUGUGCAAUGGGAUGACAUUUCACCCACCGCCUGCCAUGGGGCACGAGGCACCAUGACCCAUCUCCCCUGUGACUGCUGUGGGCACUGAGCAUCCACAGAGGCAUCAAGCCAGCCCUUCAGGAAGGCUUUUGCAGAACUGACAGUCUUUGGGACCAGGAGGUGCUAGCAGAGGAAGAGAGCUGAUGGCUCUGGGCCUUGCAGACCUGCUUGGCACCUUUGGGUGUGCAGCAGUUGUGAAGUAGGUUUCUGCUCUCAGCUUGGGUCCCAAGAGAGGAAGGGGAGGAGGAUGCACAGGGUCUGUGCAGUCCCACCUGCACUCACGCCCAGCUGUGCCCACUGGGUAGUGCUAGGUGGCACCGUUUUAAUCCCUCCUAAUACCAAUACCAAAAAAAGAGUAUGAGGAUACUGCAGAAAACCAGAAUACCCUUCAGGCUUUUUGGAGGACGAGGGAUGCCAUGGUGGGGAGCAGAGGUGCAGGGCAGUGCAGAAUGCCAGGGGCCAGCAGCAGUGCUGGCAAUUAAUAACGACAGCACGCCAGUCUGUUCAGAGCUGGGAUGCUCCAGCAGCACCUGGAGUUCCAUCAGCACUGCUCUCAGGCCACCAACAGACAAGGCACUGUCAUCUCAGAGGUCCAAACUGCUGCCCCUCCAGCCGGCACCACCCAGCCUGGCCCAGGGGCGUUUACAGCUCCAGCUUCCCAGUUUCUCCCUGGUUUUGUAUCUUCCCUUAUAGUUUUUGUACAGGUAGUUGAGAGACACACUGUCCCCCUCCCUUCCUGGCCCCUCCAUGUGUGUGUGAGCUGAGUUGCUGUGCAAUUCCAAGCCUGGCUUAUAUUUUGGUAAAGGCGGAGGGGGUGUUGGUUGCCCUGCCCGUGGAGGGCAGGGGUUGUGUGCAAUACCUGGGUCUGUGUUUCCUAAACGCUGUUGUAGGAUUGUAUUUUUGUAACUCUGUGAGGGUGCCGGCUCCAGCAGGCCCAGGGCCUGGCACGAGCCUGUGCUCCCAUUGCUUUUCAACUUGGACUGUUUGGAUGUUGUUGUUUCUUGCCAUUGAAAUAAAGAGAUGGAUGUUUUA